UUUAUUAGGGUUGUGUGCGGCCAUAGAUUUUUUUCAAUCUUUUCUGCUUUCUAAUAAAAUGGGUACAAUAAGACCUUUGCAUUUUGUGUUUAAAGUCGGCGAUCGUGCAAGGACUGCACAUUUCUAUCGCGACAUCUUGGGCAUGAAGGUUUUGAGGCAUGAGGAGUUCAAAGAAGGUUGCAAAGCUGCUUGUAACGGACCAUUUGAUGGUCAGUGGAGCAAGACAAUGGUGGGCUACGGACCAGAAGACGAUCAUUUUGUCGUAGAGCUCACGUACAACUACGGAAUAGGAUCCUACAAACUUGGCAAUGACUUUGCAGGUUUCUAUAUGAAAUCUCGCGAGGUAAUUGAACGAGCGAAGGAGAAUGACUGGCCGCUAAGCAUGGAAGACUCCUAUUGUAUACUAGAGGCACCAGGCGGAUACAAGUUUUUCGUGAUGGACGAACUGCAGCCUACAGAUCAUGACCCAGUACUGAAGGUGGCGUUGAACGUAUCAAACUUACCCAAGUCUGUCAAGUACUGGGCUGGCUUGCUUGGGAUGACGGUGUAUUCUAAGACGGAUGCGACGGCAGAACUCGGUUACUCAGAGAGUAAGUGUCGUCUGCUGCUGCGCGCUGCUGGGCAGACGAUCGACCGCGCGACUGCAUUCGGGCGUGUCGCGUUCUCUUGUCCGGCCGCUGACCUCCCGGCAAUCGAAUCGUCGGCAGCGGCGGCCGGCCACACGAUCCUCACGCCACUGGUCAGCCUGGACACGCCGGGCAAGGCUACGGUCAGUGUGGUCAUCCUAGCCGACCCAGAUGGUCAUGAGAUUUGUUUUGUGGGAGACGAAGCGUUCUCUGAGCUGUCAAAGGUCGAUCCCAAGGCUGGCCGACUUCUCUCUGAGGCAAUCUUUGCGGACAAGAGCGCUAACUGGUACGCGAAAAAGGGCAAGCAGAAACCGACAGCAUAAACUCGUGGCGCCCUCUGUGGUGGGAUGGCAAGGCGUGCGGAUAUGUCGCCCUCAUCUGUACAGUUGUGAAUUUUAAACUGAUUCAAACGAUUUGUCUGUGGGCAUCCGACCAAAAUCCAACCGAUAGUUUGAUAAUCCAGGGACGUGAGACCUCAUAGCAGACAUUCAUAGUCCAAGAGACUGCCCCAAAGAAGAGCGCAUUAAUUCUAGAAAUAUGAACCUUAUCUCAAAAUGUGAAUCGUUUCUACUGCAAUCCACAGUGUUGGUCUGUGAAUUUCAUCAAUGAUAGGCUUUUCUCUUCUUUAAGACAGUCCUAUGAUUUUAGUUGAUGAAUAGAAUGAUAUUUGGUAUGAGGUUUCGUCUCUGGGUUCUCAAACUAUUGACUGAAUUUUGGUUGAAUGCUUAAAAGAUAAAUUGGCUGAGUUGUUUUUCAAAAGUCACAACCCAUCCGUACGCCGUCAUGUACUUACCUGUAGUGGUUGCUUGUUGCUACGACGAUUCAAACAUCGAGGGUCUGAUGGGUCCAUAAUUUUUCUAGGUUUAAUUCAGCACCUUAAUUUUGCUCGUUUAAAUCUUCGUUAUUCUGUAGCGUGUUCGUUAAUUGCAUUGUUGUUAUCGGGUGUUAAAUUUUAUUUCGAUCAUUGAGUGUGCUGCUUGCUGGAGUGUUGGUCUGCUAGAGUUUAACAAUUGCAUUAGGUAACUAUUUGUCAGAUUUGUUUAGUGAUUUUGUGAAUUUUAGAAGGUGUAAUAGUGACUUUACUAGUAUGUGUGCGUUAAUUAGAGUGUUAAAUUCUGUUUCGGUUGUUGUGUGUGCCGCUCUCUAGAUUGUUGGUCUGGUAGGGUUUAACAACAAUUGCACCGCGUAGCAAAUGGUGACAUUUAUUACCUCAGGAUACCGUAGGAUAUAUUUCCGAACUCAGGCCUAGGCCUCUGUGUUCAGCUCCUGCUUUCUACGUGCUCCCGGUGGAGAAGUGCGGUAGUCGUAGUAGUGAAGACUCUCAUUCUGCCACUGACGAUCCAGUCGAGCCUCGAAUGUUUUUAGGUUAGGUGAGCACACUGUGUUGGCGCUUAUUCAGUGCCCUUGUGAGUUUUAGAACGUAUAUUAACAACUUUCAAUGAGUGUCAUGCGAUUCGUAGAUGGGCACCAAUCUGUGAUAUGACUGGGCACAAGCUAGUGCAAGCUACCAAAUAUUCCCACCGAGCCAGACUGUGACGAUUUUGGAGAUUUUAUUUGCUUUUGCGACUUUUUUUUAAAGUUAAUCUCAAUUUCUCGUUAUUAUAUAAAGGAAAGAUAUAUUUCAAUGGUUUGUAAAUAUAGAGGUGAAUAAAUCGUGUAAUAGUUUUGCGUGAUCACAUAGCAUAGAAAAUUUAAUGUAAAACGUAUAUGUUGUUGUAAUGCACUAUUUAAACAGCCGUCAAUAUAUCACUAAAUGUUUGUAGUGAAAACAAUUAAACAACAUUUUUAUAUAACUAAAAA